CGAUGGACGAGGACGAUGCGGACGAGUACGAAGAAGCGGUCGACGGCGAAGAAGCGGUCGACGACGAUGAAGGUGGCGACGGCGAGAGCGAUGAUGUCGAGGAGAAUGAUAACGACGACCAUGGUGACGAAGACGACGACGACGACGACGACGAGGAAGACGAGGCAGCGCAAGAGGUGGCACCGACGUAUCCACGGCGCCACUCACACAACCCCACAGACGAAGACGACGAUGUCGUUGUCAUCAAGACGGACCGGCGAACGACGCAUGACCUAGCCGAGCGCCGAGCGUCGCGUCGAUCCUCGCGUCGAUCGUCGCUCAUCGACGACAGUGAAGUGGACGCUGCGUUUGUCGCCGAAGAGUCGCGUCGUGCGCGACGCAAUGAGGUCAUUGCCGUCGACGAAGCGCCCGCUGCAACGUCGCGUAGCACCCGACGGAGCCGACGCGCCGAUCAUGAAGACGACGCAGGCGAUGAGGACCAUCGCCACGAGCGCUCGUCGCGACGCCACACGCGCCGGUCCAACGACGUGCACGAAGACGAAGACGAGGACGAGGGCCAGCAGACGCCACCGACGACCAAAGCGUAUGCGUUCCGGAACCGGUCGCAGCGCCACUUUCGCUACACGCCGGACGAGCCCGUGAAGCGCUUGAAGCGUGAACCCGUCGUCGACGACGGCAACCAGUCAUCCGAAAGCACGCGGCACACGCAAGCGAUGGACCGGGCGCGGCGCUACGCGUUGCGGCAGCAGCAGCACCGUGAGGACGGGUUUCUCGAACAAGCUGCGGCCGGCGCGCACCACAAACCGAGUCGGCGACGCCCGAAGCGCAUCCGUGAGCUCUUGGACGAAGUCGAGUCGCUUCACGCGGGCAGCGACUCACCGCCGCCGCUGAACCUCAGUGCUGGCUACUCGCUCCGCAACCGCAACACGAUCCGGCGAACCGUCUCGACGUACGAGACGCUGGCGGCGGCCGAGGCGCGGCCAUCGUCCAAGUCGUCGAGCAACCCCUACAGCGACUACUUGAGCCGGCGCAGCAAGAAGGAGUACGAGCCGCCGCGGCAUCGGCGCCAACGCAAACCCGCAGGCAGCUCGUCGGACGACGACGAAGACCGCAUCGUGAAGCGGCACAAGCGCGAAGUGCACGCCAUCUUGCCUCUCAACGAGACGUCGGGGAAGAAUGGGCAGCUGCGCGCGGACGUGGCCCCGAUCGAAAUCGACAAGUCGGUCAAUUGGGACUCGGUCGGCGGUCUCCAUGCGCACAUCAACGCACUGACAGAGAUGGUGCUGCUGCCGAUGCUGUACCCCGAGUUUUACACCAAGUACGGCGUCGCGCCGCCCUCGGGCGUGCUCUUUUACGGCCCACCCGGCACGGGCAAGACGCUCAUGGCGCGCGCGCUCGCCAACAGCUGCACGGACCAGCACAUUACGUUUUACAUGCGGAAAGGCGCCGACUGCUUGAGCAAGUGGGUCGGCGAGGCGGAGCGCCAGCUGCGGCUUCUCUUUGAACAAGCCAAGCGCACGCAGCCGUCCAUCAUCUUUUUCGACGAGAUCGACGGCCUCGCGCCCGUGCGCAGUGCGAAACAAGACCAGAUCCACGCCUCGAUCGUCUCGACGCUGCUCGCCCUCAUGGACGGUCUCGAUGGCCGCGGCCGCGUCAUUGUGAUUGGCGCCACAAACCGGUUGGAUGCGAUCGACCCGGCCCUGCGCCGCCCCGGCCGCUUUGAUCGCGAACUCGGCUUCACCUUGCCCAACGUCGAGGACCGAGCUGCGAUGCUGCAGAUCCACACCAAGUGCUGGCAGCCGCCGCUUGCACCCACUUUUCGCAUGGAGCUGGCCAAGCAGCUGCAUGGCUACUGCGGCGCCGACAUCAAAGCCCUCUGCGCAGAAACCGCCCUCGUCGCGCUCCAUCGCACAUAUCCCCAAGUGUAUGCGAGCACGGCCAAGCUCGCGAUCGACGCGGCUUCGAUCCAGAUUUCUCGCGCCGACUUCCACGUUGCGUUCCAAAAGGUCAAGCCCGCAUCCCACCGCAGCCACCAAACGCUCGCGCAGCCGCUGCCGACGAUGCUCGUUCCGCUCCUCGACGUACGGUCUCGACUUGCAUGGGCUAGACCAACCAAUACCUACGUAGGACGUUCUGGAAGCCCUCGUCGAAAAAUUGCGGCCGCGUUCCCGAUUGCGAUCCAAUCGUUUGAUCGAUCGGCCACGCCAGCGGCCCACGCAGGCGCGUCAUCGGGUCCGUCCAUUUUCCUUGUCGAGCACCACGACGCAUUGUGCCAUGCCUGCGGUCUCGAAGUCGACGAUGCGCCUGCUCUGCGCUGCGAGACUUGUCCGCGCUCGCAGCACAUGGCGUGCGCUCCGCCGUCGGGUGCCGUGUGCGGCGACUGCGCCAUGGGUGCGCUCGUCGUACCGUCGGCGCAGUUUGCCACCGCGCAAGCGACGCGUGUCUUGGUGCACGGCAGUGACGGCAUGGGCCAGAGUCCGCUCCUUGCGGCGCUCUUGCACCGUUUUGAGCGCCUCCUCGUCUUUUCGCUGGACCUGCCAUCGCUCUUGAGCGACAUCAACCACCACAAUCUGGAAGAAGCCAUGCUCGGGCAGCUCAAGGAGGCCAAGAAGAGCACGCCGAGCAUUGUCGUCUUGCCCAACGUGGAUGUGUGGUGGCACCACACGAGCGUGACGGCGCAUGCGCUUCUAGAGAUGUUUCUGCGCGACUGCCAGCACCUGCCGCUACUCUUGCUCGCCACGUCAUCGACGCCGGUUGCAUCCCUCCCAACCGAGCUGCAGCGCCUCUUUGGCGUUGCCUCAACGGUCACCGUAGCUGUGAAGUCCCCGUCGACAGCGUCGCGCAAACGACUCUUCCAAGCAGUGUUUACCGCCUUUGUGCGACCGCCCGUCAAGGCCCCGAAAGCGCCGGCGUCGAUUCCGCUGCUGGCGCCCGUGGUGGCGCCGAUCAAGGAAGACGUGAUCAUCGUCGACGAUGCGCUGACGCUGCGGCACGAGCAAGAAGCGCACCACUUGCGUGAGCUGCGCAUCUUUCUCGGGAUGGUCAUCGACUAUUGCAUGGAGCAGAAGAAGAACGCGCCAUUUCUGUAUCCGGUCGACCCGGACGAAGUGCCGUCCUACUAUAGCGUCAUUACGCGCCCCAUGGACCUGAGCUUCAUGCGCGAGAAGGUCAACGACGGCGAGUACGACACGUACGAGAGCUUCCUCAAGGACAUUCAGCUCAUUGUGCGCAACGCCAACGAGUUUAACCCGCGCGGCUGCCCAACCCGCUACGUGGCGCACGCGGCGGCGGCCAUGCAAGACAAUGUCAUGAGCUUUGGCCAUCGUUUCCGACAGCAGCAAGGCUACGACUUGUUUGCCAAGUGCCGCGAGAUCAGCAAGCAACGCGAGAAGGAGGCCGGGAAGCCGCGCCAGCGGCGCUUUGCACCCGCGCGCAAAUCGCAGCGCAUCAUGGAGGACGACGACGAGGGCGGCGAGAACGACGCCGUCCACGAGACGACUGUCGACGAGCAAACCGUCCCCGAGCAACCGGAUGCGACGCCAGAAUCGUAUGCAUCAUUCGAAGUCGGCGACAAGGUGUUUGUGGAGAAGCGCACGAUGCCAGGCAUGAACAAGCUCGGCGGCGCUGGCAUCGUCACCGACGUCCACAUGAGCACGGACGACGACGACGAUGAGGCCGUGCCGCACUACUCUGUCAAGUACGUCAUCCUCGGCGGUCUGGAGAAGCGGAUCCAUCCCAAGUACCUCCGUCUCUUGACCGACGACGUGGUGAAAGACUCUGUCACGAUGAAGCGGUCGGACCCGUCGCUUGCGACGCGCUCGGAAAGACAACCGGCGCAGCAGAGCGCUGCGUCGCUCGAGAAGCACCACUUUGAUUCGGUGCUUUGGCCGACACUGUACCAGGAAGGGUGGGAGCGCGUGCCGUGGGCCGACCCGACAAGUGACAAACCAAAGUGGAUCCUCGUCUCGACCGUGCCGCCGUCGGCGCCCGAUGUGUGGACCAACGAAUUUAUGGACUCGGUGCAGGACCUCGUGUGGUUUACGUCCCGCAAAGCAGCGCUGGCGUACAUCAAGUCGGACGCGAAUCUCUCGGCCAAGUGUUUUGGGCAGCGCUUUCUGGACGAGAACGCGACGACGCCGGUGAGCCCCCGCCACGCCUGCAAGGCGCGACUCGAGGACGAGCAACGACAAGCCGCCGAGACGUUUCGCAUGGCGCAGGAGGACAAGCCGGCAGUCGCGGCGAUUAUCGAAACCCUCGUCGACGACGCAGCGAGUUGCGACCCGGCGUUCGUCUGCGACGAGGUGGCGAUGUCGAAAGCGCUCAACGCAAUGGUCGACAAGACGGACGGAUGGUCCGUCGACAAGCUCGUCGCCGAAGUGCACGCGUUGCAUCUGCUCGGCGCCGCCCACGAAGCCGCGUUUGAUCGCACCGCGCUCCUUGAGGCGGUCACCGAGCGCGUCGCUCACCACUAAGGACCACACUAUUCCAUUGUAGUAUAGUAGCUCAAAGCUCCUUGCGAGAGUAUUACCAGAGAAGAGUCGCUUGCUUCAAC